AUGGAGCGAAACGAGCGACCGCAUAUGAUCGUGGGUGUAGACCUUGGGAUGACGUGUACCGGCGUGGCAUAUGUAAACCUCUCCAUAGGCAGCGAAACUGUCCGCUGGGUGCAGAAGUGGCCUGGACGAUUCCAGGCGAAUGAAAACAAAGUUCCGACGGUAGUUGUCUACCCAAUUGGCUCCAAGGAUCCAUCAUCAUGGGGCUUUCUCUCGGAGACCGCAGCAGAGACCGCAGCCGAUGACAAGGAGUACAAGGAGUGGUUCAAGACAUGCCUCGACCCAGAGAAGCUCCGCCGAAAGCAGAUGGAAGAUCCAGAAGGCGCACCUGAAAACCUACAGGAGGUUGAGAAGUGGUAUGGCGACUAUCUGCGGAAGAUGUACGAGUACUUGUCGUUCAAGCUUGGCGGAGAGCUUUCUGGCAUCGGCUGGGAAGAGGCUAGAAUUGAGUUCAUAUUCAGCGUGCCGACCACAUGGGCUCCGAUGCCAACAGUGGAGAACUUCAAACGGCUGGUGAAAGAGGCGGGCUAUGGGACGCAUCCGCACCACGAAGUAGCGAUAGGUCUCACGGAAGCCGAAGCCGCUGCAGUACAUGUAUCCACCGAAGCACCAGGCAUUUUCCGCGAGAACGAUGUCUUGCUAGUUUGUGACGCCGGAGGUGGAACAACCGAUCUUAGCGUGCUGAAAGUCACUGGCACGGUCAACCAGGCUAUCGAUCUUCAGCAGAUGGAUGUUGUGUUUGGCGAGACCAUCGGAUCCGCUGCUAUCGAUUACGAGUUUGAGAGGCUGGUGAUGCAUCGGUUGACGCUCGCACACAGUACAAAUCCUCUACCGGUCGACCCCGCGGAUGCCGGAUGGGAGAUGAUGAAAAGUCGAGACUUCCAAGCCGUGAAGUGUGAGUAUGGCGCCCCAGACGACACACCGUUGUUCAGUAUAGGAAUUCCACGUGUUCCGCAAACGUACAGCAACUCUGAUCCGGAAGUUCGAAUUCGCAACGGCGAGAUGACGUUCGAACGGCAAGACUUGCAGCGCCUAUUCGACAAGCAGAUCGCGAAGCUGUUCAAGCUCAUCGACACGCAGCUGCAAUCGCUUUUUCAGAAAUUCCCGAGAGAGCAUGUAGCGCAUCUGGUCCUCAGUGGUGGGCUGGGCAAUAGCGCGUAUGUGCAAUCGCAGCUCCGAAAGUACUACGCGCGCACCUCUUUCCCAAAUGCUGAGUCCAUCUCGGUGAGCAUAGCGCCUGACCCUCAACUCGCUGUGUGCAAGGGUCUCGUCAGCGAUCGUAUGCGAAAGAUCCUGACAUCACGAUCGGUUCUCGGCUGGCGUUGUUGUCGAGCGUCGUAUGGCACUGUGUGCAAGAUCGCGUAUGACAAGAAGAACCCCGAGCAUCAAGGGAAAGAGCUUGUUCGAGAUCCACUAAACAACAAGCUGUAUAUCACGCAGUCGAUAGCGUGGUUCGUCAAGAAGGGCGCGCCAGUAAGCGUGGACAAGCCGAUCGAGCACAACUUCAUCAAGAAGGUCGACCCGGGCGAUCCAAGAAGGGCAUUUCCGACGACUGUCAUCGAGAGUGACUUGGAUGCGGCGAUAUUGCCAGACCAAAUGAACCAAUACACGCGCAUCCUCUGCGAGAUAAAUUCAGACCUCUCUGCAGCGGAUGAGAAGAAGUUCCAAGAGAAGAACAAGCACUUCUGGUCGUUGCAGAAGCACUAUCUGCGCAUCGAGUACUCGGUACGCGUCUUGAUCGGACCCGCAGACAUCCGCUUCGAGCUGUGGUUUGACGACCAGAAGCUUAGUCGCGAUGAGUCGAUCAGAGUAGAGUGGAUGCCUGCGCAGAUGCCGCAAACGUCUCAGAUCGCCGAGAUGUCCGGGGCGGAGAGAGAGGCUGUUGAGAUGUCCAACACGCCGCCCACGCCCAUAGGCGCUGCGCCCCCAAGUGGCGCAUUCAAGACUGAUCCAAAUGCGAAAGCCAUAAGGACAGGUGGCUUCGCGGUCGUCAAUAAGAGGGCUACUGUUGAGAUGGGCAAGAAGCCAAGAGGAGUGGGUGGGCUAUUUGGGAAGAGCUCUUUCUUUGGACGCGCUGCGUAG